UCAAAGACAAAAUACUGUUAAUUGAAACUACACUGCAUAUUCAGUCCUUUGCUUCAUUUACUUAAUGGAUUACAAGGUCAGCAAGGGAACAGUCACACGCUUGGUCAUGCACACACACACACACACACACACACACAACGGGGGAGACGUAAGCACGGUAUAAAAGGUAGCUAUACCUGUUUCUGAGAACACAGACCGAUCACGUCUCGCAGGAAGUCAAGAACAAAGGUAAAUUAUCAAAUGAAAUAUUUGUGAGCAAUUGAACAAUCGUAACACAUAGUCGUGCAGCCUAAUGUAUGUACACGUUUGACCUUAUUAUAGCCAUCAUGUUUUGGACGAGAUACGCUGGAGCAAGUAUGCUACUGUUUUUUAUGCUUAUUCACCUUGGACGACUGCAUCCAAGAAACGAUAUGAAUAACUUUGGAUGUGAGGAGUGCAAACUCAAGGAGAACAACAUUUUCUCAAAACCUGGAGCUCCUGUCUAUCAGUGCAUGGGAUGCUGCUUUUCUAGGGCUUACCCCACGCCCCUGAGGUCCAAGAAAACCAUGCUUGUCCCAAAAAACAUCACAUCAGAAGCUACAUGCUGUGUAGCCAAAGAAGUUAAACGGGUGCUUGUCAAUGAUGUCAAACUAGUGAACCACACAGACUGCCACUGCAGCACCUGCUACUAUCAUAAGUCUUAAAAAUCAACACUGCGACAUUCAAGUUUUGCUUGCGUUCGCCUCAAACUAGCUAUGUUCCCAUCUACCUGUCACUUUACGCCACUUAUUCGAAUUUUACUAGCUAUUUGUCAAAUCGUCAAGGCCGGGUGUUUUUCCACCGCUUCUUUUCCAACAGGUUGUCGUCACUACUGCAGCCAACACGG